AUGCCAUGUCUACUCAACCUGAGUAAAGAACUCUUGGUGCGAGCGCUGGACUUUUCAUCAGAUACCUCAGUGCUAGAACUAGCAGCGGCCUCUCGUGCUGUGAAGACCGAAGUGGAAGAAUGCAGACCAUUUGGUAGUGAAGGCUCCUGGCGACAUCCAGCAGGUGCUUGGAACACCUCUGGACUCUGGAGAUUUCUUGGUUUGGGAGACCUCAAGAAGAUUCCAUUUGUGUCCUUAUGCUGCGAAGUGGAGUUCCAAAAUGUCACAGAGACGCUGGCCUUCCUGAAAGCUGCCAAGGACCUUGCAUCUGACACCAUUGAUGACCACGUGAGCUUCAACCAGUUUUUGUUCUCGGCCGCUGAUGUGAAUGAGCUCUUCUGCGGCGAUGGAGACGAUCCUCUUUGGUGCGAAGCAGACCACAAAGCAGCACUCAAACUGAAAGGAUGUCGGAUCCAUUGCUCACUGGUGGCCACCAGAACAUGUGCAGUUCAAGAUGCACCAAGGACAUUGUUCUUGGAUGUUGAUCGCACCCGCAAGAGGAAGAAUCCGCGAGUGAUCUGCAACAGCCUUCUCGCAGCAGAUCUCAGGUUACAAUCCCGUCACAGGAACAUCGAAGUUUAUGGUGACCUCACAAAAGCCAUUGAAAAGGAAGGAGCUGAGCGCCUCCAAGCCUUCCACGACACCUUUGGGAAGGCGCGAGACGCAGAGGCGCCGUUCCUGAUGUGUGCAGAGGAGGACCUACCGCUGGAGAAGAGCUUGACGACGGUGAAGGAGUGUGAGAGCAAGAUCACCUGUGCCAGCACGGCAGGCUCUAUUGCUCGCAUCUACCUGAUGAUCAAGGGAACCGAGGUGAAAAAGUUUGUGCCAGAGUUGUGCACUCAAGGCACUCGGAAGAUCGCUGAGUUUCAGGCCAGGAUGGAUGAAAUGGCGAGCAAGCUCAACGAUCUGAAAGUAAAAACAGCAGAACGCAAGAAGUCAACCUACUUAAAGGAGUGUCGUCAGGCUGUGACGAAAGCAGAAGAGCUGGCUAAGAAGGUGGCCGAAGUGGCCAGCUGCUUGGUGGACGAAGAACUGGUGAAGCAGAGCCGGGAGCAGAUCCAGAAAGCCACCGAGGAAACCGUCAAGGCGGAAGAAGCUGCAAACUAUGCGAUUCAAGACGCCAGACGGACUGUGUCCGCACGUCAAGCCGAAACCAAGGACAAUGAGACAAUGUUGCAGGAGUUGACUGAUCUGCAGCAGCGCGUGGACGUUGCGCGCAGCGAAGUGGUGAAACAGAACCGUCUUUGCUCCAGCGUGGACCAUCGAUUACACGCCCUGCAGAUCGUUGAAAAGGUGGCCGAUGAGAUUGCGCGCUCGGAAGAGCAGGUGGCACGGAUGGCAGAGCUGGUCGCGAAAGCGGUCGCCAGCGAUCCGGACGCUGUGACGUCGGAGAGUCUGCAGCAAGCGGAGGAAACGGCCAUGGCGUUGUACAAAAAGGUGAAGUCCCAGAGCGGAGAAUUGGAUAGUCACCUCAGUUCGCGGGACGAGGCUCGAAGAGAAGCUGCCAGGAAGCUGAACGAGAGAUUGAGAUCCGUGCUGCAGAAAUGCGAGGACGCACACGCGUCGCUGAGGUCGCAUGGACAGAAGCUUGCGAUCCGCAACGCCAUGGCCGAUUGCCUGCAGAAGGUCACAGAGACUGAGGCGGCGGUGAAGAGUGCUCGCGAAGCAGAAGAGGCCUUUCAGAAGGCCACGAAAGAAGCGGAGGGAGUUCAAGCGGAAUCUGCCACGAUGACCAGUCUCGAGGCUGCCAACAAGGAGGCCAACAGCAUCAUCAACAACAGCAAGUCUGUUCUGGCAGUGAAACGCAUCUUUUUGAAACGUCAAGAACUGUCAACGUCGGAGCAGGAAGAGCUGGAACAGCUCCAGAAACGCUUGGACGAUUCGACCCAGCAGCUCUUGGAGAGCAAAAAGGUGGUGUCGGAUCGGCAACAUGAGGUGAUCAAACGCGAACUCUCCGGCAAGUUACAGGAAGUUCAAAAGAUGUUUGAGGCCUACCGCGGGAAAGCUGCGGGGCUGGAAGCGGGGCCGGAAAGCAGCAAAGCAGGCUCGGAUCUCCGAAGUCUUGGCCGUGCUCUCACUGACUUGGACAGGACCUGUGCAAUGGCAGCCAAGCGCAAGGCAACGGUGAAGUCUGAGGACCAGAUGAGAGGGGACCAGUUCGAGACACCGCAAAAACUGUCCCGACGGAGCGAAGCACUUUGCGAUGGCCAUGUGUGCUUGUUGGAUGUGCAACAGGCAGUGCCAGAUUUCGCUGGUCUCCUCGCGGAUUACCUUUGGUGCGAUGAUGAAGAUGAAACUCCACAGGAGGGACAACUGCGACCAGUUCAAGAGAUGUUGUUGACUGGCCGCAGCGCGCAGCUGCAGUUGAUCGUUGGGGUGAAAGAAGCAAGGCUGAUCGAUAGGCCGCCAAUGCAUGCGCGUAGAUACGCGAUCAUGUGCGACCACCUGAAUAUGACCUUCCCAGACGCCUGGCGCGCCUCGAAAAAGUUGAGCUUCACCACCACACCACAGGCGGACAAGAAAUUCGUCCAGGCUUUGCUGGCAGCCUUGAUCAAAUGA